AUGAAUUCUAAUGUUGUCUAUCCUAGUGUGUGUCACAAGGGAGAGACAGGGGGAUACGGCGCGCAACCGUACGGCUCCGACCUAGCCGCUCAGGUAUACUACGGUCAGCCCGCAGAGCCUCUCUCUGGUACCGGCAACCAUUAUAUUGGCGGCGGCUUAGUUAGCUCUUUUCCAGGACCAGAUCCGCGUACUCCGCCAUUGCAUGGAGAUACAAAUGGACAUUUACCUCAUCCUAUCAUUAACGAUACAAACGGACUCAGCUACACGAGUCUGGACCAACAUGGUUAUGGACAACAGAGUCGACUAAGCCACCCUCACUCCGGGGGGAGUCCCGGGAUCCACCCAGCUUACAGUUCGACAGGAGACAUGAGUCCGCGAUGUCCAGCGGGUACAUUUGGCUACAGGAACAUGGAUUAUGGUCAUUCGGGUCACGAGAUGACCAAUCACCAUGGCAUCCACCAUCAUGCAGAUCAUCCAUCUAUUAACUUGAGCGAUGGCUGUGGGCCUCGACCAACGUCCACCGUCACCGGCCUACCGACCGCUACCGCUUACUCUUACUUUGACCCGCUGGCUCUUCCUCGAAGAAACGGAUUUGGAUACCAGGAGGGUUACGACUCGAUCUUACGGGACAGCUGUCAGCCCAACGGCGCUUUUCAGGGCCACAAUCUGUCUACUCAACAUACAGCACCCGUUCCCACCUACAAAUGGAUGCAGGUCAAACGGAACGUGCCGAAACCAG